UGGCAACACAAUACUCUAAAUGUAACGACGUUUUUAGCGCGUGCGAGAUGACGCGCCGGUGAAUUUUGUAUUUUAGAAAUUGACGUAAUUAUUGUGUGCACGCUCUAUAAAUAAGAUUUCACAAUGGCCGAUCAAGUUGAUUCAAUGUCAGACGCGGAGCUCCGCACAAAACUGGCUGAGCAUGGGUUCCCCGUUAUGCCAAUUACAGCGUCAACGAGAAAGCUACUCGUAAAAAAGCUAAAAAUGGUAUUGGACAACAAGAGUAAACCCCGAGUCAGUGUCGAUAGCAAGGUUGAGAGUAGACGGUCACUAGCGCGGUACUCUAGCGGGGAAGAAUCCGAUUUAGAUUCUACAAACAAUGCUAAGGAAAGACGUGGACGACGAGUUACUACUGGCGGAGCUAUGUUACCACCUGUGACCAACAAAUCUAGACGUAUACCUCUAAAGAAAGACUCUCCCGCUAAACGUGAUUCUGAUAAAGGUUCAGAGUCCGAGGAGGAGAAAGGCCCCGUGCGUACACACGAAGAAGUGGAGACGGUUACAACUCGUCGUGUAACGCGCACCUACGCCGCUAAUGAUCAGGAUGACUAUGAAACUGGCUCAGAUAGUGAUGUUGAUACUGACAAGAAAACAUCCAGCCCAUUUAGAAGUAGCUCAAGGUCCAGUGACUAUAUCUCCAGCACAUUGCCAACCAAUGAUGCAGCUACAAGUCCUCCCAAAUCUUCUAUUUUCUCUCGUCCAUCACUGUCUAAUACAAAUUACACAUCAAAUUUGUCAUCUUCAGACCAACUUAAUUCAAUAAGAUCACGGCUUGGAUUAACAUCUUCUUUGGCCGAUCGACCGUCAAUGAGUAACUAUACCUCUAACUAUGCUUCCAAUACUUAUCAGCCUUCGACUUCCAAUGUGGAUGAAAUUGAAUCUCCUUAUUUGAGCAAUUUUACAAGACGAUUGUCUUCUCUUAAACCUGACCCCCCCAAACAAACGACAUUUUUAGACCGAGAUGUGACCAAUGGAAGUACAUUAAUUCCACGCAGAUCAUAUGUUACAGGAUUGACAAGAUCUGAUGUAGGGGACUAUAAAGCAGUGAAUGAUAAAAAGUUUCUGAAAAACAACCUUGUAUCUCUUGCCCUUGUUGCUCUUGUGGCACUUUUUUUUUUUUGCUUAUUUUUUAUGUAUAUAGUUAAGAAAAAUGAUAUUACUUCAGUAGUGGACGACCAAAACAGUGUGGUACAAAUAUGUCAAUUAAAUAUACCAGGCAAUAGACCAGGCAUAAAUUGUGUUCACAAGGAAGAAGUGAGCUAUGCCAAAAACUUAUUAAAACUCAUACAUCCAAUACUUACUGCUCGGGUAGCUGAUUAUAAAUGUGGAAAGCCUGGAGCACUUCCAUAUCUAAAAGAAAGCGAAAUCAUUGAAUUAGCGAGUGCUCGAUCUGAGACAGUUGAUGUUAGUCGGUGUAGGAAAGAUCUGAAUAAUUUAGAGGUUUUGCUUGUGCAUAAUCAGUGGGGCUUAAAUGUCGUCCAACUUGAAAACUCGUAUACUAAAGAUGUUGAAUAUAAACCUCUUACCUCUACUGAUGUUGUUGUUCAGCAACGCAACAAGGGUAAUGUUGCUAUAGCUCUCUCUGACCCCUCAACCCCUAUUUCAUGUCUAUUUGUUAACACCCUAUACUCGGCUGGUUCAACAUUUAUUGUUGUAGGAAUUUUAUCUGCGUUGGUAUUAGGAUUACAAAGACUUUAUAAAUAUUAUUUAAAUUAUCAAAAGAAGAAAAGUGAGGAAAUUUAUUCAAUGGUAGAACAAAUUAUAGAUGUAAUUUCACAAGAGACUGAGGACAGCGGGGAACCAUACAUAUCUGUGGACCAUGUGAGAGAUACACUUAUCUCUCCUCAGAAUAGAGAAAAAAUGUCUUCCACUUGGGAUGCUGCAGUUAAAUUUAUUCAAAAGAACGAAAGUAGAGUGAGGAUGGAAGUACAAUCUGUUGAUGGAGAGGAUUGCAGAGUGUGGAGGUGGGUUGCAUCUCAUAGCAGUCCAAAGCGAAGCACAUCCUGGCAGGGACAAGCAUUUGAAACCCAAGAAGGCUCCGUGAAUAAUCUAACAGUGUCACCCACGCCGUGUUUGAAAAUUCGCCACAUGUUUGAAAAGAAUGACGCUAAUCCUAAUCUGAGAACUGUAAUUCAAGACGUCAUCCUCGAGAAAUGUGAUCGCUGUAACAUACUUCAUAUCGACAUCGAGAGAACAUCGUGUUGCGUGUACGUGAAAUGUGCAACUCCGACUGAUGCAGGCGUAGUGUACAAGAGUCUUCAUGGAUGGUGGUAUGAGGGUCGCCUUAUUACAGUCAAAUAUUUGCGCCUGGAGCGCUACAUGCAGAGGUUUCCAAACUCGCCCGCAUCUGGACCGUACUUGAAACCGUCUCGUUUGCGACGAUCAUGGGAUGAAUAAGUAAAACUUAUCCACUAUAAAUAAAUGGGGUUGUCUUUUGCAGAAUAUUUAUUGCGAAUUUAUUGUUGCGUAAACUAACUAGGCACCUAUGUUCUCAAUUUAUUAUAUGUUUGGACUUAGGUCAAAGGAUUGAUUCUAAAUU